AUGCCGGAAAUACAAGAAUGUUAUUGCAGCGGGCUCCAGCUGCAGGCCCUUUUCGCCAAAUACUCCAAGUGCGACUGGCAUCUGCAAGCCCUCCAUUGCGACGCGACGCUCGACGACAAAAAGCCACGGGGAUCAAGACAGGAGGCUGGACUGUGUUUUCAGCUUACACCCAGCUCGCGCGAUGUCCGUGGCAAUACGACUUACCAAACACCUCUGUGGCCACCUUUCCUUGCUGAGCGCGCACCUCCGGCCGGCUUCUGUCUACAAGAUCUUGUGCUCACGGCGGUGGAAUAUACUAGCCGGAGCGUGGUUUUGAAUCUUGGUCAUUGCUGGUUUCAGCUACAAUACUUGACGCAUACGUCAAUCCAGAUGUACGACCGCGAGCAAUGGGCCGUGAUCAAGGAGACGUCGUACAUUGGGAAGGGCACACUGAGGAUGCGAGGCUUCCGUAUAGGACUCGCACUGGAAUUCGAGUCGUAUGUGAUUGUAUUCGGAUCGCAUGACCAGGUGUUUCAGGUAACGUGGGCCUUAAAAAAGGCAGAUCUCGCACACCAUGACCACCACGUCCUCGAUGAGUGGGAUAAGGUUGUAGCCGGUAUUGCCCGAUGGUGCGAGCGUUAUUACGAGGACAAACCAGCCGGGAAGAAACUCGCGAGGGAUGUACUACGUUUCACGCCCAAUGUGUGGUUCGGCAUAGGGGUUUACACUGCCUGUGAGAUCCUCUAUGUAGCUGGAAUACCGCCAUUCCUUCGGGAGCAGGAAGUCUUUAGCAAUCCGUCCCGCCUUGCUCGAGUGGUGUUGGCUUAUUACGCAUUUGUGCAUAAGGCUAUGCACAAGACAUGGCCUAAUCGAGUCAAGCCCUGCAUUCGCCAGAACGUUGUUGCGCCUACGACUGAAGAACGGCUGCAGAUGGGCCGUGAGAUGUAUAUCUGGGCCAAAGAUACGGUCAGCAUCCCGCAACGCCUCUUCGACAGAAUUGCGAACUAUGAGUACCGGGGUUCAAGUUCAUAUCUAGAUGACCCGUUCGAGCCUUCGCUCAUCCAAGCUGCACUCGAGCGUUCACCGCAUCUGGGACGCGCCGCGUUUGGAGAAACUUGGGAUGAGAUCGCUCCUCCUGAGCUCACGACUCGCCCAUUGACCAAACCUGACGCCCUGAGCAAAUUCUUUACUGAGAACGAUCUACUUGACCGUGACACCCGACUCCAUUGUGCCAGCAUCAGCCCGUUGUUUCUGCCGAACCAAGACUUGUCACGUCGCCGGGUGCCCACGCACUACUACUCCGUGACUGGUAAGGCAAUAUGGUCCAUCGUCCCGGCACCCGAUGACGCACAAUUCAAGCCGAUGGCAGACGAGAAGCCCAACAAGCUCUUCCGCUACAUCGUAACAAACACCGCGCAGGUUGCCGUUGGACCGCUCGAGUACUGUGCCAAUGCGCAGGUCGUACGAAAGUCAUUGAAGGGACGGACUGGUAAAGGUGUUUCACGCUUUUACGUGCUACCAUCACUUGGAGCCGUCCCAAGCAGUGUCCCCAUCUCGAUUGGGCGACGCCACCUCGCGAGCCUCGAUCACAAGAAAAGUCUUACACUAGAAGCGAGGGAGAAGCGCAAUGAGAAAGCUCGAGCCGCGGCGAAAAAGGCUUUGGCUAAGCCUACUAAACGCAAGAGCAACGCGAUGAAAACACUCACGGGUAACGUCCCUCUGACGACACAGCAACGCAACGCUAGAGCCACCCAGAGGAAGGUGUUCGAGUCGCAAACCCAUAUUGCGGCCCGUGGCAAUGACGCAAUGACGACGUACACAAAGCGACCUCCAGUUCAAUCACUGCUUCCGAGGUUGAAGAUGCUGCUCCAAACCAAAUAUCUGGCACACCGCUGCCCGACACUCGAAAGCGGCGAGUACGUGCUGAGCACGAGGUACUGGCAAACUUGGAUGUAA